UUUUCGCCCUAAGCCCAUACCUACCUAUCAUGUUCUGUGACAAGAGACACUCAGCGCACACAGAGUCGCUCCUUGUCCUUUGACCCCCACAAGCUUCCAAAAUAGAGGAACAACGUUGCGGAGACUUGUGUCGGAGCGGCAGUUGUUAACAUCUCUCCGUGUUGCCCGUCACUCCGCAGACUUUCGGGCGGUCAACAGCGGAGGUUAUAAAACUUGUGGUAAAGUUUACACGGCAGUGGCGUUUGUUAGUUCUCCCACUGUGGAGUGGACUUUUUCUUCUCUAAACAUUUCUUCGGAAGCCAAGAGAGGUCCUGCUCUAAAGCUGCUCUGCUCUGCUUGUGGGUCCACUGUGUCUUGCGAAUUUCAAGUGAAAACAGCUGAUCCACACAUGUUUCCUGAUUUUCUUCAUAAAGAAUCAUGAGGAGGCCUGGCAAUCUGCUACUAGUUCUGCUUUGGAGCUUUACAUCCGGAGCCAGAAGCCUUAAUAUUCCUUUCGAAGUGGAGCAACCUCCAAUUAUAACCAACCAUACAGCAGGUCCCGUUAUUGCUCUUCCUUUUGACAAUACACUGACUAUAAGAUGUGAAGCCAGGGGUAACCCAGCACCAGAAUACACAUGGAUAAAAGAUGGCCAGGAGCUAAACCUGCCAAACAUCCCGACAGUCAAAACAGACAACAGAAAUGGGACAUUCAUGUUUCACAACAAGCACUUUGCCCUGUUCAGGGGUAAAUACAGAUGCUUCGCUUCCAAUAAGCUGGGAACUGCCAUGACGGAGGAGAUUGAAAUCGUAGUUUCCACUUCACCCAAGUUCCCAAAGGAAACAUUUGAUCCCAUUGUCGUUAAGGAGGGCUAUCCAAUUACUCUUCACUGUAACCCCCCAGAAGGUGUGGCCCCACGUCAGAUCUACUGGAUGACUCAGGGUCUGCAGCACAUAAAGCAGGAUGAGAGGGUCUCCAUGGGAACCGAUGGCAACCUGUACUUUGCUUAUGCCUUACCACAAGACAGUCGCAAGGACUACGGCUGCUUCGCUGCCUUCCAAAGGAUACGCACUAUUGUCCAGAAAACCCCCUUGUCCGUCAAGGUGGAGAGAUUGGAACCGGAGAACAACUCUUCUGAGAGUGUCAGUGCCACGCUACCAGUUCGAGCACCCAGCCUACUGCUGCCCUCUGGUGUCCAAACAGAGAAGCUGAUGCUGAAAGGACAGGAUCUGCACCUUGAGUGUAUACCAGGAGGAUAUCCCACUCCUAAAAUAACAUGGAUGAAAAUGGGAGAAACUCUAACUGAUCGGAUAAAACUGGAUAACUUUAAGAAGCUGUUGACCAUCAGUUCUGUGGAUGAAAAGGAUCAGGGGAAAUACAUGUGUAUGGCUGAAAAUUCAGCCGGAAAGGCAGACCAUUACUUUGAUGUGAUUGUAGAAGAGCCACCAACAUGGCGUGCAAAGCCUCCCCAGAACCAGCUGUCUGUGAUCGGGUCAGACGUUUUCAUUAAGUGCUCAGUAGAUGGAAAACCAACCCCAGUGAUAACGUGGAGAAAAAAUGGAAAAAUACUCCAAGAUGACAGAGAGAACAACAGACGAGUGCUUGACGAAACUGUGAUGCUGCACAAGGCCGGGCCAGAGGACAGCGGCGUCUACCAGUGCGAGGCCUCCAAUCCUCAUGGCAGUGUUCUUGCCAACAUUAAUGUCUUAGUCAUGAAUAUGGCACCUCUUAUGCUGACAAAGGACUUCCAAGAGUAUGCAGUGAUAGAAGGAGGGGACAUUGUCAUGAACUGCAGUGUUUUCAGCUCUCCUCAAUCCAAUAUUUCUUGGACCAAGGAGGGGACAGCUGUUGAAGGAGAACGAUUUCAUGUUUUAGAAAAUGGGCAAUUCUUGGAAAUCAUCCGCGCAGAAAAAGGUGACACGGGGAAAUAUGCUUGCAUGGCUAGUAACAGAGAAGGCAUGUCAAAUCUCACAGCUCUGCUGGAGGUGAAAGACCCAACAAAAAUUGUGGCUCCUCCUCAGGAUGUGCAGAUCAGCAGUGGGAAGUUGGCCCGAUUGAUGUGCCGGUCAGAAUAUGACAGAAGUCUGCAGGGCACCUUUGAGGUGAUCUGGAGGAAGGAUGGGGAGGAGAUCUUUCGCUCUUCUGAGAAUAGUUUCAGGUACAAAAUGGAUGGUGACCAGUUGCAGAUUAGGGACUUGAAUAUCAGUGAUCAGGGGAGCUAUACAUGCAUUGCUCGAACAAGUCUUGAUCAGGAUACUGCCACUGCCUUUCUAACUGUACUGGAUACUCCUGAUGCUCCUAUGAGUUUAAAGAUAUUGGAUCAGGAAUCAAGGAAUGUAACUCUGUCCUGGAUACCAGGGAGUGAUCACAACAGCUCCGUGACAGAAUUUGUGGUGGAGUAUGAGGAGAGCCACUGGGAGCCUGGAAGGUGGAAGGAGCUGCAGAAAGUCGCCGGUAACCAGGCAACAGCCGAGCUCUUUCUUCAUGGAGACCUUAACUAUCAGUUCAGAGUUUAUGCUGUUAAUGCCAUUGGACCUGGACCACCUAGUGAGCCCACAGAGAGACUCAAAACACCCCCUGCUGCACCAGACAGAAACCCGGAGAACAUCAGAAUUCAUGGCCACCUUCCCCAUGAAAUGGACAUCAGCUGGGACCCACUGUUACCUACUGAGUAUAAUGGUCCAGGACUUGAGUAUAAGGUCUCCUACAGAAAACUGGAGGUGGAAGAUAAAUGGCAGGAGCACCUGGUCACAAGACCGUCCUUUAUCAUCAGGAACACAUCCACCUUUGCACCGUAUGAGAUCAAAAUCCAGAGCAGGAACAGCCUCGCCUGGGGUCCAGAACCAAAACCCAUAACAGGUUACUCUGGAGAAGAUAUUGUCUUUUGGCACUGUCUUCAGGAAAAUGUGUCAGUUCCGACUGCAGCUCCACAAAAUGUAGCAGUGGAGGUGAUCAACAGCACCGCUCUCAGAGUCAGCUGGAGCCCAGUUCUCCCAGCCACAGUGCGAGGUCAUUUAUUAGGCUACAUUGUUCACUGGGAGAGACUGAAAAGCUUCCUGAGUCCUGACAAGAUUGUAGAGGAGCAUAACUCCAAGUCUUUCCCUGGAAACAGGAGUCAUGUCAUUGUGUCAGGGUUUCAACCUUUCUCUGAGUACAGACUCACAGUGAACGUUUUUAACAAGAAGGGAAAAGGACCAAAGAGCGAUCCAGUUAACUUUGAUACUCCAGAGGGCGUUCCACAGAAGGUGCCCGUGCUGAUUCCCAGGAUUCAGGACGAUGACACUGUUCUGCUGGAAUGGGGACCACCGCAAGUGACGAAUGGCAUCCUCACUGGUUAUUUUCUAAAGUAUCACCUCCUAAAUAAGACUUCGCUGGAGGUGAUUGAUUCCUUUGAGCUGAACAUCACUUUGCCUGACGUCACUCAACACCAGAUUGUGAGACCGGACAGGGGCAACCUCUUCCGCUUCUACCUGAGCGCGUGCACUCGAGCAGGUUGCGGGCCUGCAGAACUGGCUGAAAAUCACAGUCCUCCAGCAGAAAAAGUCGGAACGGAAGCCAGCAAUUCAACUCAGCGCUGGUUCAUCGGGACUCUGUGUGCGGCGGCAUUACUCACACUUCUGGCAGUGAUCGUGUGCUUUGUGAUGAAAACCAAGGGUGGCAAAUAUGCAGUAAAAGAGAAAGAAGACCUCUUUCCUGAUGCGGAGUCACAGGCAAUGAAUGACGACGCCUAUGAAUACAGCGGCAGCGACGAAAAACAACUGAAGAAACCUAUCCUGGGUGCCACAGACGACAAGGUUGAGGACAGCAUCAGCAGAGACAGCUUGGUCGAUUACGCCGAUGGAGACGGAGAAUUCAGCGAGGAUGGCUCAUUUAUCGGAGAAUAUUCCGGACCCAGGUACCGGGAUUCCAUCAGUGAGCCCAGCGGGCCCAGCACCGCCACUGCGUAAAGCCAGGAUCCACCAUCAAACGGCCUCCGUCGAUUCCUGUGACGAAAACAUUUUCAUUUCUGUUUGUACUACUUUAAACCUAGUCUGACAUGGUAGAAUAAAUUAUACUCAGGUAUUAACUGAUUUACUGUUGGGAGUGUUUUUGUUCAUGUUUUGUUUUAAAGAAAGUGGAUAUUUCUGGUGUAAAUAACGUAGGUGUGAUGUCUCAUACGGCUCUGUACAUAUUGUAAAAGGGAAAAAAUUAGCUAUAUUAUAUUAGAGUUGAUUAAUUUUGACAUUUACAAUAUUGCUUUUAUAACAACCAGCAUAAUAUUAAGCACAUUUUUUUACAACUUUAUACUGUCUUGGAAAAAGAAGGGUCAUAAAAGGUUUUCAGUAAAGUAAAAAAAAUUGAAAUAAAAAUAACAUUUUUGUAUUUUUAUACAGAAUGCGUUCUUGUAUUGCCACAAAUGCUUUUCUUUCCCUUCCUUUUCAUUCCUUUUAUUUGUCCUUUCUGAACGUUUGAAAUUUGAUUUUUAAUAUGCACGAUGUGCAAUUUUCUACUGUCCAAAUAUUAUGCAUUUUCAACAGACGGGAAACAGAAAUAUGAAGAAAAUGUGAACUCAAAAAUAAAGUUAUUUCUACAAGUAUCAAAA